AUGAAUAAUAUGACAGAUGACAAACAUUUGCUCGAUGAGUUCUUCACCUAUUAUCCGUUGGUUCUUGUUAUUGGCGGCACACUUUUGAACUUGUUAACAUUUUUAAUUUUCUGUCGUCCAAUUUUUCAAAAUCGACCAACAAUGCAUUAUUUUCGAGCUAUGGCUGUGUUUGAUAUUCUAAUGUUAUACGGAUGGAAUUUGGAUCAUUUUUUAACUUCAAAAUAUGAUUAUGAUCUUGAACAUUAUUCAAUCUCUACCUGUAAAUUGUUUACAUUUCUAAAUUAUUUUGCUGCUGAAACUUCUGCUUGGCUUCGUGUUUGUACGUGUGUAGAUCGUCUGAUAGCAUUGAGCAGUCUAAAUUUAUAUCGAACUAAAAUUAAUUCUCACAAAACUGUCCUUAUUAUUAUAUUUUCUACGGUACUUAUCAUAUUUUUAAUUGAUGCACACAUUCUUAUAUUCACAUGUUAUAAGACCUGGGAUAGUGUAAACAAUCUAACAAUACUUAAAACAGGAUCAACUUUCUAUGCAUUAAAUCCAAUGUGGGAUUAUGUUAAUUUAGUUCUCUAUAAUUGUAUUCCAUUUUUACUUAUGUCAGGAUUUAAUAGUUCAAUUAUCUAUCAUUUAUUUCAAAUGAAACGUACAUCAAUGGUACAAUCAAAAAUUCAACAUCGUCAAAUAACAAUCACUUUAGUUAUUUAUACAUUAUUAUUUUCUAUCAUGACAAUACCUGGAACAAUAGCCUAUGCAUUUUUCUUACCAAAACUAGAGAAUAAAGUUUACAGAGAUUGGUUAUUACAUUUACUCGAUUCAAUAUUAUAUACAUAUCAUAUAUCAAGCUUCUUUUUGUAUUUGAUUACUUUUAAAGAAUUUCGACAAGAAUUAAUCAAAAUAAUUAAAUGUGAUUUCACAACAAAUGAUAAUUUGGCAGAUAAACAUAAAAGUCGAACUGUCAUUUCAAUGACAACGAAAUAA